AUUAUGCUUCGAUUAAAUCGUUCAUGGUAAAUCUAGGCGACGCAUUGUGUUGUCUUUUAGACGCUAUUGGAAUAUCCGCCACCUAUUAUCUUAGCUAAUAAAUUUGACCUAUUGUUCGUUUGUUAAAAUGAUGUCACCUUAGAACAGUCCCUAAGCUGCUAUUUCCAUGAAUUAGCGGCCGGAGGAAGCCAGGAGCCAAUGGCGGGGCAGAGGCUCGCUCUCGCCGUCCAAUCAGCGCGCCAGGAAUUGCAUUACAAGCAGGAACUCGAGGUUUGGUUCAAAGUGAUGACACGGAGUGUAUGAGGCAGGAGCAGCUUGGCAAAGUUUCAGUGUGCCAGCCACACGGACGUAUAUGGGUGUGCUGUGAAGAGGCGCAGCCUGGUACAGGAGCUUUAGAUAAUUGUGUUAUUGAUAGAGGAUGGAUCAAGCCACAAACACACAGACCCCGCAGCAGCAGCAGCAUGAACCCAUCAGCUUUGGGAUUGACCAAAUCCUUAACAAUUCUGACCAGGAGAACUCCUCGCAGUCCGCUGCCAGACCCUCGGAGAACACCAGUUACCUGGGCAGUCCAGUCAGUCGUUCAAGUGCCCCUUAUUCCUCCCUGCCAGCUUCUUUCCCUGGCAUCGGAGCAGCAUUCGAAGAAUCGGGAUCUUACAGUGUGAAUCUGAGUUUAGCUCCAGCUGGAGUGAUCAGGGUGCCAGCUCAUCGACCUAUCCCUGGUGCAGUCCCACCUCCCAUAUCCAGUGCCAUCCCAGCUAUGCCAGCUGUGCCCGGCCUUGGCAGCCUUAAUUUCCCCUGGAUGGAAAGCAGCAGGCGGUUUGUUAAAGAAAGAUUUUCAGCGGCUGCAGCUCUCACUCCUUUCACGGUGACUCGCAGGAUCGGCCAUCCAUACCAAAACCGGACACCUCCCAAACGCAAGAAACCGCGCACUUCCUUCUCCCGGGUACAGAUCUGUGAGCUGGAGAAACGCUUCCACCGCCAGAAAUACCUCGCCUCCGCGGAGCGCGCCGCCCUGGCCAAGUCUCUGAAGAUGACAGACGCGCAGGUGAAGACCUGGUUCCAGAACCGCAGGACAAAGUGGAGGAGACAGACGGCGGAGGAGCGGGAGGCGGAGAGGCAACAGGCGAACAGACUGAUGCUCCAGCUGCAGCACGACGCCUUCCAGAAGUCUCUCAGUGACUCCAUCCAGCCGGACCCUCUAUGUUUGCACAAUUCUUCUUUAUUUGCACUUCAGAAUCUGCAGCCCUGGGAGGAGGAAAACAGUAAAAUGGCACCGGUCACCUCUUUAGUGUGAGCCUGGGGUGGACACAAUGACAACACUUAACCCACGAGUGGCCGGAAAGCUCACAUAGGCCUGCGUGCUUAUGGGAAUUUGCCCCUUUAUGUGGGUGAGGUGUUCAAAGACUGAGUUGUGCCAAUGCUAUGAAAAGACUAUGAGAAGGGAAGACAUUGAUAUUCUUCUGUAAUAACCACCCGUGGAUCACUGAUGAA